AUGGUGUGUGACAGGGACACGGUGACAGAGUACCGUGUCCCUGUCCCCCGUCCCCUGGGCCGCCUGUUGCUGCUCCAGGUGCACAAGGGGCCCUGUGGGGGUCUCCCCGAGAGCUCCUGGUACCUGGAGAGCGUCACCGUGUGGGGACAGCGCGGGGACACCCCCGGGGACACCCCCGGGGACACCCCUGGGGACAGCGACGGUGACAGCGACGGUGACAGCGACGGUGACAGUGACGGUGACAGCGAUGGGGACAGCGACGGGGACAGCAAUGGGGACAGCGAUGGGGACAGCGAUGGGGACAGCCAGGACGAGGAGGAGGAGGAGGAGGAGGAGGAGGAGGAAGGUGACAGUGAAGAAGAGGUGACAGAGGAGGAGGAGGAGGGGACAGGUGACAACGAGGAGGAGGUGACAGAGGAGGAGGAGCUGGAGGAGGAGCCUGAGGACAGCGCGGGUGACAUCAGCACUGCCAGCACAGGUGACACCGAUGACGUCGCUGACCGGGGGCCGUUCCACUUCCCGUGCUACCGCUGGCUGGAGGGGUACAACACCUGGGAACUGCCCGAGGGUACAGCCACCACGCCGGCCAUGGAGCGACACCCGCGGCUGCAGCGGCAGCGCCGGCGACACCUGGAGCAACAGCGCCGGCGCUACAGGUUGGCCCCGUUUGCCCCCGGCCUGCCCUGGGCGCUGCCCCUGGGGACGCCGCUGGACGCUGACCUGAGCUACUCGCUGGCCAAAGCCUCGGCCUUCUACCUGCGGGGCAGCGCUGCGAACCUGGAGGCCAAGCUCCGGGGGUUCCUGGCCCGGCCCAGCUCCUGGCCCAGCGUGGACGCCAUGACCCGAGUGUUCCGCUCCUUCCACACCCCCGUCACCGAGUACGUGCUGCAGCACUGGCAGGAGGACGCGUUUUUCGGGGAGCAGUUCCUGAGCGGGGUGAACCCCGUCCUGCUGCGCCGCUGCCCCCGCCUGCCCCCCAACUUCCCCGUCACCAACCCCAUGGUGGCCCCCAGCCUGGGCCCCCACACCUGCCUGCAGCGAGAGAUGGAGGCAGGGAACGUGUACCUGGCCGAUUAUGGGGUGCUGCAGGGGCUCCCCACGGCGCUCAUCGACGGCCGCCCCACCUUCGUGGCCGCUCCCCUCUGCCUCCUGCACCAGCGCCCCGACGGGGAAAUGCUGCCCCUCGCCAUCCAGCUCUCCCAGCAGCCGGGUCCCGACUCCCCGAUUUUCCUCCCCGGGGACCCCCCCUGGGUUUGGGCUCUGGCCAAGGCCUGGCCUUCCUAUUUCCAGAAUCUUCUGCCAAACCACCCCAUUGACGAUGUUUCCCUGUUCCCCCCUCCCCCACAGGUGCGCAGCGCCGAGUUCCAGGUGCACGAGGGGCUGACGCACCUGCUGCGGGCUCACCUGCUGGGAGAGGUGUUUGCUCUGGCCACGCUGCGCCAGCUGGCCCCGCAGCACCCCCUCUUCAAGCUGCUGGUGCCCCACACCCGUUUCACGGCUCAGAUCGGGGCCCUCGCCCGGCGUUUCCUGCUCAACCCCGGGGGGGUCUUCGACAGGGCGGUGGCCCUGGGCCGGCGGGGGCUGCUGGCCCUGGUGGCCCGGGGGCUGCGGGAGCUGCGCUGGCGCUCGCUGGUGCUGCCGCGGGACCUGCGGCACCGGGGGGUGGCGGCCACCAAGCGCCACCACUUCGGCAACGACGCCACCAAGGUGUGGGGAGCCAUCCGCAGGUUUGUCUCAGGUGUUCUCCACCUGUAUUACCCGUCUGACGCCGCUGUCCAGGAGGACCCCGAGCUCCAGGCCUGGGUGGGGGAGAUCUUCAGGAGGGGCUUCCUGGGGCGGCGGCGCUCAGGGGUCCCGUCCCGGCUGGACUCUCGCCGUGGCCUGGUCACCUUUGUCACCACGGUGAUUUACACCUGCUCUGCUCACCACGCGGCCACCAACAGCGGCCAGUUUGAGCUCUCCGCGUUCCCCCCGAACGCCCCGGCCGCCAUGCGUGCGCCGCCGCCGCGCUCCAAGGCCGCGCUGUCCGAGCGGGAAUUCCUGGCGGCGCUGCCGGCGAUCAACACCUCGGCCACGGUGCUGGCCGUGCUCUGGGUGCUGAGGAACGAGCCCAUGGACAUGCGUCCCCUGGGCCAUUACCCCGAGCGCCAUUUCACCGAGGCUCCCCCCCGGCGCCUGAUCCGGCGCUUCCGGCGCCGCCUGCGCCGAAUCUCCCGGGAAAUCCGCGCCAGGAACCGCGGCCUGGAGCGGCCCUACCCCUACCUGGACCCCGCCAACAUCGAGAACAGCGUGGCCAUCUGAGACAGCCGGAAAACAACCGGAAAUACACCCAGAAACACCCAAAAUACACCCAAAAUACACCCAGAAACACCCAGAAAUAACCCAAAAUACACCCAGAAACACCCAGAAAUACACACAAAAUACACCCAAAAUACACCCCAACAUCGAGAACAGCGUGGCCAUCUGAGACAGCCGGAAAACAGCCGGAAAUACACCCAAAAUACACCCAGAAACACCCAGAAAUACACCCAGAAACACCCAGAAACACCCAAAAUACACCCUGACAUCGAGAACAGCGUGGCCAUCUGAGACAGCCGGAAAACAGCCGGAAAACAACCGGAAAUACACCCAGAAACACCCAAAAACAACCGGAAAUACACCCAGAAACACCCAGAAACACCCAAAAUACAACCCGACAUCGAGAACAGCGUGGCCAUCUGAGACAGCCGGAAAACAGCCGGAAAACAGCCGGAAAUACACCCAGAAACACCCAGAAAUAACCCAAAAUACACCCAAAAUACACCCAGAAAUACACCCAAAAUACACCCUGACAUUGAGAACAGCGUGGCCAUCUGAGACAGCCGGAAAACAACCGGAAAUACACCCAAAAUACACCCAAAAUACACCCCAACAUCGAGAACAGCGUGGCCAUCUGAGACAGCCGGAAAACAACCGGAAAUACACCCAAAAUACACCCAGAAACACCCAGAAACACCCAAAAUACACCCCGACAUCGAGAACAGCGUGGCCAUCUGAGACAGCCGGAAAACAACCGGAAACACCCGGAAAUACACCCAGAAACACCCAGAAAUACACCCAGAAAUACACCCAGAAACACCCAGAAAUACACCCAGAAACACCCAAAAUACACCCCGACAUCGAGAACAGCGUGGCCAUCUGAGACAGCCGGAAAACAAC